GGCGCGCGAGCAAAGCCGAAAGGAGCCGAGCCGAGCCGAGCCGAGCCGCGAGGUGCCGGGGAGAGGCAGGCUGAGCCGGGCCGGCCGCCUGCGGCUCAGUGCGGAUUGUGCGGUGUAGCCGGGCUCUGCGUCUACCAGCCUCAGCCCAGGCUCCUGCAAAACUUUUAUUCUCUUGGGCCCCCCGGGGUGUGUGAAGGCGUCGGAACGUUCAGCUGUCUCCGCGCCCUCUGCAGCAGCGACUGAGGGGACCUGCAUCCUUUGCCCGCCGGGCUCUCGUGCCCUCAGCCUCCUCACCUGCCGAUCGCUCCCCGGAGCCGCGAGGGGGCACCCCCGGAGGGAUCGCGCGGGCCCGGUCGCCCCGAACUCCCUCUUGCCGCGGCAGACCCGCCCGGCGCAACUUUAACUUGGUUCCUCGCGCCCAGCCCCGGCACCCGAGGCUGCCGCCGCCGCCACCACCACCACCACCACCGCCCCCGCCGCCGCCGCCGCGGCUGCCGCGGUUUCACAAAGGGCGCAGGAGGGGAGGCGGCACUGGCGGCAGGCACCGGCCUCCGGGCCGCCGAGGCAGGGAGACAAAAGGGAAACUGCCUCUGCUUGCGGCGCGGGUUUGGAACCACCAGCUCAUCUGCCUCUUGCUCGGCUCCGUGCGCUUCCUUCCCCCUACCCUAGGCUACUGCUCCGCCUCCCUCCAGGCGGGCUGUCCCCGCAGUGCUUCAGACCCGGCGAGCCUUCGGGGCGCGCGUCGCUGCUGGUGGUUGGGGCUCUAGUGAUAAUAAAUGAUAGAGGAUACGAUGACUUUGCUGUCUCUGCUGGGUCGCAUCAUGCGCUACUUCUUGCUUAGACCCGAGACGCUUUUCCUGCUGUGCAUCAGCUUAGCGCUCUGGAGUUACUUCUUCCACACAGACGAAGUAAAGACCAUCGUCAAGUCCAGCCGGGACGCGGUGAAGAUGGUGAAGGGCAAGGUGGCUGAGAUUAUGCAGAACGAUCGACUUGGAGGGCUUGACGUGCUGGAGGCCGAGUUUUCUAAGACCUGGGAGUUCAAGAGCCAUAACGUGGCGGUGUAUUCCAUCCAGGGCCGAAGAGACCACAUGGAGGACCGCUUCGAAGUUCUUACCGACCUGGCCAACAAAACGCACCCGUCCAUCUUUGGGAUCUUCGAUGGGCACGGCGGCGAGACUGCAGCUGAAUAUGUAAAAUCUCGGCUCCCAGAGGCCCUAAAACAACAUCUUCAGGACUACGAGAAAGACAAAGAAAACAGUGUAUUGUCUUACCAGACCAUCCUUGAACAGCAGAUUCUGUCAAUUGAUCGAGAAAUGUUAGAAAAAUUGACUGUAUCCUAUGAUGAAGCAGGCACAACAUGUUUGAUUGCUCUGCUAUCAGAUAAAGACCUCACUGUGGCCAAUGUGGGUGACUCACGAGGAGUCCUGUGCGACAAAGAUGGGAAUGCCAUUCCCUUGUCUCAUGAUCACAAGCCUUACCAACUGAAGGAAAGAAAAAGGAUAAAGAGAGCUGGUGGUUUCAUCAGUUUCAAUGGUUCCUGGAGGGUCCAGGGAAUCCUGGCCAUGUCUCGCUCCCUGGGGGAUUAUCCGCUGAAAAACCUCAAUGUGGUCAUUCCAGACCCAGACAUCCUCACCUUUGACCUGGACAAGCUCCAGCCUGAGUUCAUGAUCUUGGCAUCAGAUGGCCUAUGGGAUGCCUUCAGCAAUGAAGAAGCAGUCCGAUUCAUCAAGGAGCGCUUGGAUGAACCUCACUUUGGAGCCAAGAGCAUAGUCUUACAGUCAUUUUACAGAGGCUGCCCUGAUAAUAUUACUGUCAUGGUGGUAAAGUUCAGGAAUAGCAGCAAAGCAGAAGAGCAGUGAACCCUUCGGGGUCUCAGCUGCCUUAGACUAAAGGACUUUUGACACACUGGUCUCUUUUAAUGUAGUGAAAGGUGUGGGAAUUGUAAUUAGGAUCAUCCAUCCCAGACACUGAAUCCCCACCCUACCCCCUUCAGUGAUGAACAGAGGAUACCCCUGGCCUACAGUUGAGUGGCUGAAAAAUGGUUUCUUUGUUUCCCCAACUCUUCAAUGUCCAAAAUAUAUAAAUAGGUAGCUGUAGAUCCACAUGUAUGAAGUGAACAGCAGAUGCACCAUGUAUUCUCCUUCUUAAGAUUCUUUUUAAGAUCCCUUUCAGGGUCCUCCAGGCAUCAGCCUUUAUGUCCCCUCUGAAACCCUAGGUGGGACAAGCCUCCCUUCCUGCAUAAGACAGGCCAUUGUGACCUAUAAGUCAGGGGCUGAUGUUCAGUCAAGGGGCAAAGUAGUCCUAGAAUAUGUGGUCCUCCUGAGUCCAUGUUUUCUCCUGAGCAGCAGCCUGGAAACAGAUUUGGAACUGUUUAUGAUUUGUGGGCUGCUCUUGGAGGCUGAGGAAAACUGUGAGGAUGGGCGAUCAGUGACAGCGCCUGCACAGCAGAAAUAACCCUUUUCCCUUCCUCCUUUUAUUAGUUAAAUAGAUUUUGGGUACCACCUGACCAACCUUUGUAUGUUUAUCCUAAUCACGCAUGACCUUACCUUUUGCUUACACCUUCUUGUAUGUAAUGGGCAAUUAUUAAUUUCAUAACAGACACCACAAUUUUUCAUCUUAGCUAAUCAAGAAAUCAUAUUAGGGGAAAUGAAAACCGCAAAUCACAAUGCCAUCAUUCCUUCCACCUUUAAGAACAGGUAGAGGAAAACCAUACUGAAUAAGUCACAGUGCUCCUUGGAAAGCUGGCAGUUUGCACUGGAAGUGAAAGGAGUGAGCAGGUGAGAUUACCACCCUGAAGUGAACACCAGCUGCAAGUUUUUGUGCAGUUUUCCCCAAGCCCUAGCUUAAUAGCUUUUGAGCAUCUUUCAAGCAGUAUUUGGAGAAGCAACAGCCUAGAACUGCAUGUGUUCCUUGAAGCCAGAAACACGUUCCCAGACUUUGGAAUUAUGUGGUGAACUACUGGGGCAUGCUUUUU